AUGCCUGUAUUGUCCUCUCUGCCCGUGAAGCGCGCCGGUGUUUGUCUUCGCAUCCCGGGGCCUUGUCCGUUUGAGCUCAAGGAGGGGAAGUUGUUGGUUUGUACAGCUUUCACCUUAGAACGGAGUGCAGGCGCGGCCCGGGUCCGGCGAGCGGCGUGGGGCUCCCUGGAGGCGAAGCCGAGUGCGGCAGCCCUGACGGCGCCCAGUCCGCAGCAGGUGCACCCAGAGCACCAGGCGCCUGCUGGCAAGUUGUACCUCCGAACCUUGCCAAACCCCACGUUUGAGGGCAACAUCCUGACUCUGCAGUGCCAAGGAUGGAGGAAUGUAGCUCUGUCCCUAGCCAAGUUCUACAAAGACGGGAAAUCACUCCAUGACCCAAAGGCCAAACGGUUUCUGCCCAUGGGGACAGCAACACUGGAAAGCAACGGCCAGUACAGCUGCACUGGGAAAGCAACCUUCCUCCCGCACCUAGGCACACAAAGGCAGUGUGGGGUACAGCUCAGAGAGCUGUUCCCACCUCCAGUGCUGUGCACCGUCCCUUGUCCCGAGCUCCGUGAGGGGAGCCCGCCGACCCUGAGAUGCCAGACGGAGCUGCACCCCCGGAGGUCGGCCUCGAGUCUCCUCUUCUCCUUCCACAAAGAUGGGCGCACCUCACAGAACCAGGCCCACUCAGAGCUCUGCCUCCCAGAAACCUGGGAGGGAGCCUCUGGGCUUUACUGGUCUCAGGCCACCACGGAGGAGCAGGUCCAGAAACAGAGCCCCCAGCUGGAGGUGAGGGUACAAGCCCCUGAGACCCAGGUCCACAGGCCUUGCUGUGGGGACGCAGUGGAGCUCCUCUGUGAGACCCAGAAUGGCUCCCCUCUGAUCCUGUACUCAUUCCACCUGAACGGGAAGAUCCUGGGGAACCAGGGGGCUCCCCAUGGAAGAGCCGCCCCCUUCCCCUUCACUGUGAUGUCAGACCAGGAUGCUGGGAACUACUCUUGCCAGGUGGAGAAUGGUGUCUCCAAUGAGACAAGUGAGCCCAGGACGCUCUCCCUAGAUGCCUCCUUUGGGCCACACAGUUCCCCCAAUGCCAGCCAUUCUGCCUCCUCCGUGCCCGUCUGGGGUGCAUUUCUGAAUUCCAUCCUCAGUGCUCGUGGUCACCCCACCUCACCCCUGGGUCCUCGGGGCUUGUCUGCCAUCAGCAGCAGCCCCUGGCUGGUUCCUUGUCUAUCUGCGAGCCUCCCUGGUGUGCUGGUCGUUGCCACUGCACUUGUGGCUUACUUCAGACCCUGGGGAAAAACUGGGCGCCUUCCGACCCAGAGCCCGCCCCCAGCUCCAGGUGGAGAGCAGCCCCCGUUGUAUGGAAAUGGGAAGUCCGGGGCCUGGGUUGAGGUAGCUGACUACCGUCGACAUUACCGGUCUACCACCACCACAAUUAUCCCUGUCAUCUCUGUCCCCACCACAAACACCACUGUGACCACCAUAAUGACGGUCUUCAACAUCGUCUCCCCCACACCACCCCUGCUGCCAUCCUAA